AUGAAAUACGCACAAUACCUUUUCCUGGCAUCAAUCCUCUCCACGGUUGAAUACAGCCUAGCUCAGACCUGUGCAGUGGACUCUUUCUCUGUGAAAGACAAUUUUGAUCCAAAAAGGUACGCAGGGAAAUGGUAUGCCUUGGCCAAGAAGGAUCCAGAAGGCCUUUUCCUUCAGGAUAACAUCUCUGCUGAAUACACUGUUGAGGAAGAUGGCACAAUGACAGCUUCUUCCAAGGGCCGGGUGAAGCUUUUUGGGUUCUGGGUAAUCUGUGCUGACAUGGCUGCUCAGUACACAGUGCCAGACCCGACCACUCCUGCAAAGAUGUACAUGACGUACCAGGGCCUGGCGAGCUAUCUGUCAAGUGGUGGGGACAACUACUGGGUGAUUGACACCGACUAUGAUAACUACGCCAUUACUUACGCCUGCCGCAGCCUGAAGGAGGACGGCUCCUGUGAUGAUGGCUACUCCCUGAUCUUCUCUCGCAACCCCCGUGGCCUGCCCCCCGCCAUCCAGCGCAUCGUGCGCCAGAAGCAGGAGGAGAUCUGCAUGUCUGGCCAGUUCCAGCCUGUGCUGCAGUCAGGAGCCUGCUAAGAGUAUAUUUCUGAUUCUACCCCUAAGCACAGAAGCCAGACCUCUUGGUAUUGAAGCUGCCACUCAGCUAAUAAAUCAUAGUAGUGUGUUUUCUCUGAAA